AUGAUAACUGACACUGCAGAGGAUGAAAAACCAAAGCAGUUCCGCAACAACAAAAACCACACAAUUGCGACCUGGAAUGUUAGAACGAUGAAUCAAGGAAAGUUGGAAGUUGUAACAAAUGAAAUGGACAGAAUAAACUUAGACAUACUCGGAAUAAGUGAAAUGGAAUGGACAGGGUGUGGGGAUUUUAGAUAUGGUGAUCACACAGUGUACUACUCAGGACACCAACAAUACAAGAGAAAUGGAGUUGCCAUUAUUGUCAAUAAAAAGAUAAGCAAAUCAGUGCUAGGAUAUAAGAUGGUUAAUGACAGAAUAAUUGCAUUAAGACUUCAAGGACACCCUUUCAACACCAGUAUAAUACAAAUAUAUGCACCAACCACAUAUGCCGAUGAUGAUGUAAUAGAACAGUUUUACACAGAGCUACAGGAAGUGCUAGAUAAUAUACCAAAGAAAGAUAUGUUGUUUUUAAUUGGAGACUGGAAUGCAAAAGUGGGAAAUAUUGAAGAAAAAGGAGUCACUGGAAGAUUUGGACUAGGGGAGCAAAAUGCUGCAGGAGAGCGAUUAAUAGAAUUCUGCAUUGAUAACGAAUUGUUCAUAGCCAACACUAUGUUUUUCCAACACAAACGCAGACUAUAUACAUGGACAUCACCAGAUGGUAAAUAUAGGAAUCAGAUUGACUAUGUCUUGGGCAGGAAGAGAUGGAAAAGUGCGAUACAGGCAGUCAAAACUCUUCCUGGAGCUGACUGUGGAACAGAUCAUGAGCUGCUUCACGCCACUAUCAAAGUAAAGCUAAAAAAGAGAAGACAGCAACAUGCGCAAGCUAGAUAUGAUUUAACAAAGAUACCGCCAAACUUUACAAUCGAGCUAUCGAAUCGUUUCUCAUGUCUAGAAUCACAGGACACUAGUGUUGAACAAUUAUGGCAGACAACAAAAGAUAUCAUCGUUGACACUGCGGGAAAAAACAUUCCUAAGAAAGAGAGAAAAAGAAAAUCACAUUGGUUAUCACAGAAAGCUAUAGAGAUUGCUGAAGAACGACGAAACGCUAAAAAACAAAAAGAUUUCUACACAUUUAAUAACUUGAACAGAGUAUUUCAAAAUCAGGCAAGGAAGCAUAAAGAAAUAUACUUGAAUGAUAUUUGUAGGAAUAUGGAAGAAAAUCAAGCAAAAGGAAAAUCAAGAAAUGUAUUCCGCGCUAUUAAACAGAUCACAGGAAAGUUUACACCUCGCAUGGCAACAGUGAAAGACCAAAAUGGUAAAGUUCUCACAGAGGGGAAAGAGAUACAGGAGAGAUGGAAACAAUACACACAAUGCUUGUACAGCAGGGAUGCAGACAUAUUCAAUGAUUUCACAGAAGAAGAAUUUACAGAAGAACCGGAAUCAACUCUAGCAGAAAUAUAA